AUGCCGGGGGCUCCGGCCGACGGGCGGAGGAUCUGGCUCAGCCUCUGGGGGGAGAAGGAGGCCGUGCGCGGCGCCAAGGAAUACAUUAAAGGCCUUUGUGAACCAGAAUUGGAGGAGAAGGAAUAUUAUCCGAAAGACAUGCACUGCAUUUUUGUAGGAGCCCAGAAUCUCUUCCUGAACUGCCUUAUUCAGGGGACCUCUGCCGAUAUUACCGUUGCAGAGAUAGGGACGAUAAAUAUUAAGGGCGGUGCAGAAUCCGUCGUCAUGGCCAGAAGCCAUAUCCAGCAGUUUGUGAGUCUCUUUAAAAACAACACCAUCCUAUCAAAUGGUAGAGAAUCAGAAGUGAAGAAACAGUUCAAGCAGCUGGUUGAAGCCUAUGCGGAUAAAUAUACCAUGGAUUUGCUGAUCUUGCCCAGUUCUUUGAAGAGAGAGCUACUCAGCCUAGCUCAGAAUGAAGGCUGCAGAGCAGAAGAUAAAAUCAUAAAUGUUUCUAGUACAGAGGAAACACCAGCACCUUUAUCCAACAAAGUGCAGAAAAAAUCUGGGAUAAACAGUGACUACAGGACAGGCGAAGAGGAAGCAAGAAACAAAGCAGGUACCCCAGUCAGUGAGUUAGCCAGGAAAAUGGACACCGUUUUCCACAAUGCACCGGAAGGACAUUUUUUACCUAUAAAUGGUCUGAAUUCACUAGAGACCUCUACAAGCAAAGAGAGGCAUUCAUGCAAAAGGAGGUCAUCCGACGCUGAGGAGAGGCUUCCAAAGAAGCAGUUUUCCUUCGAAAUUGGCCAGGAGGGCAGGCAUGGCGAGCGCAGCACUCCUCCCGGUCAGGACAUUGAGGUGAUUGAUCUGGUCAGCGAUGAAUGCACCGAGUCCGAUGGCCCAGGUGCGUGUGCUAAAGAAGCUGAAGAAAUAAGUGAGGAAACGGAGUACAAGAUUUUGGUGAACUUCUUCAAAAGCAUGGGCUACUCCCAACAAAUAGUAGAAAAAGUGAUUGGAGACUAUGGGCCGUUGGUCGAGCCACUGGUACUUCUGGAGGAAAUUGAGAAAGAGAGCAAGAAGGGAUCCAUAGAAGAAGCUGAGGUUGCUGACAUACCCCAGACACAGGUAGAGAAAGAGGAAAGGAAUUAUAACAACCAAGUCCAUAAAAAAGAGUCUUCCAGAAAUAAAAAAGCAGAUAAAAUCUCUGUUCCCCAGUCCCAGUACAGAGCUGAAGUAAAAACACAUGUGUCAAACCAUGAAAAUCAGAUAGUGCUUUCAGGCAGUAAAAAUCUGCCACACAGAGACCACAGCAGAGCAUGUUCCAGCUGCUCUGAAGACUCUCCUGUUUCCCAAACAAGUGGUGCCGAAAGCAAUGGUCUCCUGGAUGCACAUGGCCAUAUACAAAGGGUAACGAAAGAUGGGAAGCAGAAAGGUCCCAGCUUACUAGCAAGAGGUGCCUCAGAGACACCACGCCCACCGGUUGACAAAGAAACUGGGGUUCCUCAUCCAUGGGCUGAACAGUCGGCUUCGACGCAUAAUCAACAUGGACAUAGUACUGCCUUGCAGCUCAGAACAAGAGACCUCUCUUCCCAAAAACUUCCCAAUCAUCUCCCUGAUUCUGGACCUCCUCUCCAACUAGCGACACCUUAUCCUGAAAGGAGAGCAGUGGUAUCACAAGAUCACCGUGCUGACCCUUCAGUGACUGGGGUUCAGAGGUUCCAAGAGUCUUUGAAAAUCCCGUACAAGCUGGAAUUGAAAAACGAGCCAGGGAGAGCAGGCCUAAAGUACAUAAUAAUAGAUGGCAGCAAUGUAGCCAUAUCUCACGGCCUACAGAAGUUCUUCUCAUGUCGAGGUAUUGCGAUUGCUGUCGAUUACUUUUGGAAACGUGGUCAUAGGAAGAUCACUGUGUUUGUCCCCCAGUGGCGAACGAGGAGAGAUGUUAACAUCACAGAACAGUACUUUUUAACCCAGCUCCAAGACGUUGGCAUUUUGGCCCUCACACCUGCAAGGGUUGUAUGUGGAGCCAGGAUUGCAUCUCAUGAUGACAGGUUUCUGCUGCAUCUGGCUGAGAAGACUGGAGGAGUCAUUGUUACCAACGAUAACCUCAGAGAAUUUGUGGGUGAAUCCACCUCUUGGAGAGAAAUUAUUCAGAGGCGGCUACUCCCGUAUACCUUUGUUGGAGAUAUCUUCAUGGUUCCUGAUGAUCCGAUGGGACGAAACGGGCCUGGAUUAGAACAGUUUCUUCAGGAGGAGGACACGCGUUUCAGAGGUAUCUCGUCCCAGCAUAACCUUGGAAGCGUUUGGGGGACAUCCCAUUUCCUGAUGCAGCCGGAGGGUCACGGACCAUCGCCAAAGAGCCCCUUGCCCGGCCUCAUACCCAUCUUGCCCACCUUUCCGCCGGCGCCCCAGGCUAAAUCAUCCAUCCCCCCGCAUCCACGCUCUGCGACAGAGACCAUGCAUUUGAAAGAAGCCUUGGGAAAAAUAUUCCCUACCUCAGAGCAGAGGGAGAAGAUCGAGGAGAUCCUCGCUCACCAUCCCCACAUGAGGGACAUGAACGCUCUGUCCGCUUUGGUGCUCGAUUUGGGCUGAGCAGCUUGUGGAAGCGGGAUGGGAUGGGGGCGCAAUGCACUUUGAGUUUUGUCGUUUGGGUUGUGAAUUUAAAGAUGCACAUGAGCGUCUGUGAAUAGUUAAGACUUAAAUCUUUUUUGUAUAUAUAAAAAAGUGAAUAUUCAAAGGAUGUAGCACAUUCCUUUUUAUUCACUUAAGUUAUGUUGCUUUUACAGAUUUGUAUUGAUGAAAACCUUUUGGAAAAAAACAUGUCUCUAUUUUUGA